AGCAUGCAUUCAGUAAAGGGUAUACACCAAAUCGAAUUAUAGAAGUAUGUAUAAUAACAAAUGUUUUAAACCAAAAUCUGAUAACUUAUAACUAAAACACAUAUUAAAUAAUGCAAUUUUAAAAUAUUUUUACAAACAAAAAAUUAUAAAAACAAAUUUCCAAAUAAAAUGUACAUCAAGUGGUUGGGUCUAGAUUAGGGGUUGGCAACAUUUUGUCACAGAAGAGCCAAAAGGUACAAUUUGAAAAAUUUUCCAAAUAUGAACUUCUUCACUGUAGUAUUCUGGAAGACUAUUCCAUGCGUUGAAUAUAAAAUCCUCUAGUUGCGGCAUUUCUUUUAGAGCUGUCCACUUGUUCUGCGCAACGUGCACGCAUUUCUGGACCUUCAAUUUUUCCGACUUGCUCUUGAGUUCUGUAACCUUGUCACUCCACAAGUCUUUGCUUUUUAAAUCCAGCAAUCGUAUUUGAAACGAUCCAGCACAAAUUCCAAAUGCUUCAAUAUUGACCUCAUGUGUGUUUGUGUUGAGUGGAUUUACUAUGAACGUGAGAGUACUUUUUUUUAUUUUGAAUUGUUCGAAUCAUUUGGCGAAUUAAUCCUUCAUUUUUUUUUUAUAAUUAUGCAGAAGUAAUUUAUGUCAAUAUUUGCAUUGGUUUCAUCGAGAUAUUGCUUCAGAUUUUUAAGAUAAAGUAAUUUACCGCACUCCAUGUAUUCACCAAAACAAGUAAUUUUUUUUCGAAAUAAACAACUUCUUCCAAUAACUACGAUAGCUUGUGCCAUACGGGUACUAUCAAGUUGAUGUUAUGAAUUAUUUCAUGUUUCCAAAAGUGACAGAAUAAUGUGUAAAACAAUAUACAUUUUUUCUUUAUACUAUAAAAUAUUGGCAGAAAGAACAUUAAUAAAAUGGCAGAGGAAGUUCUGGGUUUUCAAGGAAAACGAACCUAUAAAUAAAUGGUUUAAUGAAUAAUGCAGGACUGCCAUGAUGGAAAGAGACAAUACAAGAACAAUAAUGCUAGAGAUCCAAGUGAAGCUAAUAAACGAGAAUUAGCCUUAAAACAAAGAAAAGCUAAACAGGUAGUCAGGAAAAACAAAAGAAUUUGGGAGAAAGCCAGAAUAAAAACCAUCGGAAAUAGCUACAAAAAUAAUACAAAACUAUUCUUUGAAAAGGCAAACAAGGUAAAAAAUGGAUUUAAACCAAUAUCAACUAUAAUGAAGAUGGCGAGGGAAUUUUAAUUACCGAUAAAGAAGAAGUGACACAAAAAAUCAAAAAAGUUUUCGAGAAAAUUUUGAAUGUGUCAACCCAAACAGAAACGAGUGGUAAUAAUUUAGUCACAGUAAAGUAAUACCUAGAAGAACCCUCAUUGGAAGACAUUAAAAUGGCGGUCAAAAUGAUAAAGGGAGGAAAGGCACCUGAAAAAGACUCAAUAAUGUCUGAACUCUGAACUCUUUUGAAUGGAGAAAGUACUUUAAGGAUGAACCUAAAACAGCUGAUAAAUAAAAUAUGGAUAGAAGAAACAAUACCAAAAUCAUGGCAGGUCUUAAUACUGUGUCCAAUAUAUAAAAAAAGACAUGUAAUGGACUGUAAAAACUAUAGGGGUGUAUCCCUAUUUAAUACAUCGUAUAAAGUUCUCUCGAACAUAAUUUUAAAUAGGCUAAAACCAUAUACUAAUGAGAUAGUAGGAGAAUACCAAGCAGAUUUUGCAUCUGGGAAAUCCAACACUGAUCAAAUUCAUAUUAUCAAAUAAAUAAUGGAAAAGAGUCAUGAAUUUGAUAAAUAUGUGUACCUGCUAUUUGUAUACUUGAAACAAGGCUACGACUCGAUAGUAAGAAGCCAUUGGCUGUAUAUGCAGAUGACAUAGUUGUAAUAGCAGAGACAAAGGAUAGUCUAAAAGAGAACAACCAAAAUUUUAAGUGAAAAAGCGAGAAAGAUUGGACUUAUCUUUAAUGAAAACAAAACCAGUUGGUAGGUUUUCGUUUUUUGUUUUUGGUGGUACAUAUGGUGUACAUUUUACAAGUUUCUAAAAAAUAUUUCAAUAUAUAUUAGGUAAGUUGAAAAGUUAUUAUAUCUUACUGAGGACCUAUAUAAUUAAAAUACAUAUAUUCUAAAUUACAUUUUAUAAUUUAUUCUAAAUUAAUUUCAUUAGUAAGUUUGUUAUUGUGUUUGUUUUUACUUUAUACAGAAUUGUAUUAUGGCUGGUCUACCAAAGUACGAAUUUACUAAAAUCAAAAAGACUGAUGGUAGUGAGAUUUUUGCGCAAAUUAUUCAAAGUUCAUGUAUAAAAAAUACGGUUCCUGUCAACAAACAUGUCACUUAA